AUGACCACCGUCGACGCCGAGCUUUUCCAGCAGCGGGACAAGAAUCCGCUCGUGCUACUCGGGGCGUUCACGACGGCAGCAGUGCUGGUGGCGGGGCUAGCGUCGUUCAAGCAGGGCAACGACCGGCGCAGCCAGAUGCUCAUGCGCGCGCGCGUGGUGGCGCAGGGCGGCACGGUGGCGCUGAUGCUGGGCACCAUCGGACUGGACGGAUUCCAAGAGCGCAUGAACAACUUCUCGCAAAAAUUCCUUUCUCCUGCCUCAAAAGAAAACCCAAGCUCGCAACCCUAA